AUGGCAAGUCAAGAAGGUGCAUCCAAAUCACUAGAGGUCGAGAAUGAUAAAGAUAAGCAGAUACAAGAACUGAAAGAGAUGAAUGCUCGACUCUUGGAGAUACUGGAAAAACAGAAUCAGAAUAAGAAUGACGAUGAAGGGAAGUUUUAUAAGCGGUUGGCUGCUCAUAAGCCACGCACCUAUGACGGUGAAUCUGAUCCCGUCAAGUUCGAGGAUUGGAUUACAUAUAUGAGCAAAAUGUUGGAUGUAGUCAGUUGCCCUGAAGCUUUGAAGGUGAAGAUGGCUACUUUUUAUUUGGAAGGUCCAGCUGACAUUUGGUGGAAUACCACCAAGGGAAUAGCUCAGAAAUCAGAAGUUACUUGGACAAAGUUUGUUGAGAAAAUGAAGAAUAAAUUCUUUCCUCCAGCAUUGCGGAGGAUGAAGGAAAAUGAAUUUUUAUUUCUGAAGCAAGCGAACAUGUCUGUAUUGGAGUAUGCAGCAAAAUUUCUUGAAUUGUCUCGAUUUGCACCUGACUUCGUGAGUAAUGAAAGGGUGAAAAUGAUGCGAUUCUUUGAGGGUCUGAAUUUAAAGUAUCAGAAACGAAUUGGGACAUAUACCACCUUUGAAGAGUUGUAUGAUCGUGCUCUGGAACAAGAGAGAAUUGAGAUGAAGGAUGAGGAGUUCAGAAAGAGAAGAAAUGGAGGAAAAUUUAAAGAAGGGGGAUUCAAGAAGGCAAAAACAGAAAUGACAACCCCAACUCAGUUCAGAGGGCUAGCUGGGAAUGGCAGAGGAGGUAGAACAGAAUGGAAGUGCAAUCGUUGUGGGAAGAAUCAUUAUGGCAAAAAUUGUUCGGGGCAAAUGGUGUGUUUUAAAUGUAAAAAUGUUGGGCAUCGAAUUAGUGAGUGCCCUUUGUGGAAGGAAUCAGGAAGGAUAGGAGGAAAUAAUAAACCAGGGAAUAUGUUGAUGCUGGCAGCUGGAGAAGGAAGUUCAAGUCAAGGGAGGGCCGGAAAAGGGAUUCAGCAUGGCAAUCAAGGGAAAGCAGCAGGGAAGUUAUUUGCUGUUAAGACAGAAGCGAAGGAGAUUCCUGAGCUGCAGGAGUUCCAGGUAAUGUAA